AUGGGCCAGAUGGCAGGCAGCUACGGAGCUGCUCCUCCACCAAAAGCUGCCUCUGGGAACCUGCAGAAACCCUGGUUUGCUGAUUCCUAUACUCUUAAUAAUAUUGAGAAUUCCAUGUAUAGAACAGUCUUCAAAUUACAAUCAGUUCAAACUUUGUGCCAGUUAGACUUGAUCGACAGCUCCCUGAUUGAGCAGGUUUUUCUACAUGGAAGUUUCUGGGAAGCCAGGGAGAGCUCCCUUUCUGUCCAUCAGCUUCUUCAGGCACUUCAAGAGCUGUUUCAGAGAACUAAGGAAGGAAAAUCAGGACAGGUGAAUCCCAGAGCUUCUGAACUCAUUCUGAGCCUUCUCCAGACGAUGUAUGACAGCACAGGAACAGGUUUCCUCAAGAUUCUGCCUGUGGCUGCUGCCCUAAUUGCUCUCUCCGGGGACAGCCCUCUUACAAAAUAUAGAGCUCUUUUUCAGCUAUAUGCAGAAAAUAACAAGGGAAAUUAUGAUUCUGGGGCACGCAUGACUCGAAAGACUUUGAGAAACCUACUAAAAGAUCUACAGCAGAUCCCGACCAUUGUAGGGGAGAGUCACACUCUGUGUCCUGUGGAAAGUGCUGUCCGCAGCUGUUUCAAAGGGGUGUUGAGCCAAGGAAUCAAGGAGGAGAAAUUCUUAUCUUGGAUUCAGUCUGAGCCUCUCAUCCUCCUGUGGCUCCCCAUCUGCCACCGCUUGUCAGCCACUGAAAUGGUCACUCACCCUGUUCGGUGCAGUGUCUGCAGGACCUUCCCAAUCGUUGGACUGAGAUACCGUUGUCUGAAGUGUCUCAACUUUGACAUCUGCCAGGUGUGUUUUUUAUCUGGUCUUCACAGCAAGUCCCACCAGAAGUCGCAUCCUGUAAUUGAACACUGUGUUCAGAUGUCAGCAACAGAGAAUACAAAACUCCUCCUCAGGAUGCUCAGAAAUCAUCGGCUCCAAGAGUGCUGUGGGAGAAAAGAAGCUAUGAGGUGGUGGUGGCAACAGGAUCACGCGAAUCAAAAGGACAUGGCUGAUCACGCACAGGCCACAGUCCUUAAACAGCAGUUCAGCCAAUACAAAGAAAAACUGCAAGCACUGCACACCUCCCAGCAAGAAAAAAGCAGCAGAUUCGAAACAAAGAUUCAUGAACUGACAACCCAACAGGAGAGUCUAUGGACCAGGCUACAGCAGAUGGAGCAGGACCUACAGGCAAUGUCGCAGCCACUGCUUCCUGUAUCUACCCUUCAAAAUAUGAUGUCCAGGGUUGACCAUUUUUCAGCUGGUAAGUCUCCAAAAGAAGAUAUUUCCCAAAUCAAGAAUGUCACUGAGAAUGGUCCAGAAUGGGAACCUCUUCCUAACCCUGCCAUAGUUGAUGCAAGUCAAGCAAAUGCAGAGAAUGCUCUACCCAGUGCUGAAUCACCAGAGACCCUUUUGCAAAGUACCAGGCUGCAAAGCUAUGCACAAAAAAUACCCAAGGAAAUCCUUAGCUCCCUACCAAGCCGUCAAGAAGGAUUGCUACAGGAAACCCCCCAAAUUCCUCCUCCUGAAAUAAGCAGACCUGCUCUGGCACCUGCAGAAAGGAAAGAGAUAAUUAACAUCAAAGAGAGAAAUGACCAACUAGAGGAAGAGGAAAUCCAAGAACUAUUGUCAAAACUCAUGGAUGCCUUCAACCUAGAAAAGCCAUCAGGGCCACAGUCUUCAGUGAACACGGACCUGUAUGGAAGAGCUGAGCGGAUGUGCAAGGCUUUCUCUGCCCUUGUGGAUCAAAUCACUUUGCCCAACUUAAAAUGA